GCCAACAGCACACACUUUGCUGCCACGUUUCGAUGAAGGAAAACACCCGUUGUAUGAACGAUCAACUUCCGGUAAUGUGUGUUUAAUAAAAUGGCGGCCAAAACAAAUCGAUCUGUCAAUGAAUAUUUACAUAAAUUCUAUUGAUAGAGGAAGAAAUAUUUAAUAAACAUGCUGACGUUAUAAAGUAAAACUUCAAUAGGAGAACAUAAUUUAUAUCAAUCGUUUUUACUGUUUCGUAAUAUUAUUGAGAAACAUACAUUUCUAAAUAAAUUAGUUGUCGUAUCAAACAACUUUGUAAUUCUGUGUAGUUUUAAUAUUUAUAAUAUUGUAUCAAUCUGUACCAUUGCCAACAUACUUUAAAUAAUGGCUGUGAAAGUGUAUCAAUCAGAUCAAGAAUUAGAAACAAAAGUUAAAAAAGCAACUGAACGAAUAUCCGAGAACAUGCAUAUAGUUGCGAAUGAACCAUCUCUUGCGUUUUAUAGGCUUCAAGAACAUGUAAGAAAAGCAUUGCCACCUAUGGUAGAAAAACGUGUGGAAGUAUUAGCUCUUCAGCAACAGCUUUUAGGUAGAUGUUACGAUGUGGAAUAUGCUGUUAGUGCUAUUAAAACAAUGCAUGGUGCUGGCAAAAGUUUUGAGAAUACCUUAGAGUUUAUCAAGAGUGCAAUAUUCUUUAAGCAACAAUUGAAAUAUGAGGAACAACGUAGACAUAAGAAGGAUAGUAAUAGAGAUUCUGUAUAUAAAAGAUUGUCUGCGCACAUUCCUACCUUAGAUCACUUACCAGAUGAAAUAUCUGAUGUUGUAAGGGAAACUGCAAACAGAGUGGAAUCUAUGAUGAACCAUGCAAGACACUCCAGUGAUACGCAAAAAUCAAAUUGAAAUAAAAGAAACAAAUUGGUAUUUUGAGUUAUUAUAAUAUCAUUUCGAAAUAUAUGGAUACAAAUACUACUAAUAAUGUAUAUUAGAAAUAAUUUAUUUGUGAGAUAACAAGCAUGUGAGGUAAUAUAUGAGAUAUUAGCAAAACAAUGUUGUUACUUUUUGUACUAUAAAUAUUAGUUAUUACAUGCAGAUGAACAUUUUCAUAUUUUUCAAGUAUUUAAUAUAAUUUAUUUUACUA